CGAGCAGCGGGGCCGGGACGGAGCCGCAGCCGUGGCCGGGGGUGGCACAGGGACAGCGGGGACAGCGCCAUGGCCGAGAGAUACGACGUGAUCGUGAUCGGGGGCGGCAUCUCAGGUUUGUCAGCUGCCAAAUUGCUGUCUGAGGCUGGGGUCAGUGUGGUGGUCCUUGAGGCCCGGGACAGAGUUGGAGGAAGGACAUUCACUAUCAGGAACGAUAAAGUGAAUUAUGUAGAUGUUGGUGGAUCUUAUGUGGGACCUACCCAAAACCGGAUUCUCCGACUGGCGAAAGAGCUGGGGGUGGAGACCUAUAAAGUGUAUGUCGAGGGCCAUAUGUUCCAUCAUAAAGGGGGAAAGUCACGAAAUUUCACAGGAAUUUGCCCUUCAACAUGGAAUCCCUUGGUUUAUCUGGAUUACAAUAACUUCUGGAGAACCAUGGACAAGAUGGGAAAAGAGAUUCCUGCUGAUGCUCCAUGGGAUGCUCCACAUGCUGAAGAAUGGGACAAAAUGACCAUGAAAGAGCUGAUAAAUAAGAUUUGCUGGACCAAAGCUGUCAGAGACUUUGCCACGGUCUUUGUCAACGUCAACGUCACGUCUGAGCCUCACGAAGUCUCUGCCCUCUGGUUCCUGUGGUAUGUGAAGCAGUGUGGGGGCACAUCCAGGAUUUUCUCUAUCACCAAUGGGGGCCAGGAGAGGAAAUUUAAAGGGGGUUCUGGUCAGAUAUCAGAGAAAAUAAUGGAACGCCUCAAAGGCAGAGUUAAACUGGAGAGACCUGUGAUCAGUAUCGACCAGACAGGUGAUAAUGUCCUUGUGGAGACUCUAAACCAUGAGAUAUAUGAGGGCAAGUACGUGAUCAGUGCCAUCCCUCCAAUCCUGACAACAAAGAUUCAUUACAAACCAGAGCUGCCACCAAAGAGAAACCAGUUAAUUCAGCGUUUGCCUAUGGGGAGUGUCAUAAAAUGCAUGAUGUACUACAGGGAAGCCUUCUGGAGGAGGAAGGGUUACUGUGGUUCCUUCAUCAUUGAGGAUGAAGAGUCUCCAAUUGGAAUAACCAUAGAUGACACAAAACCUGAUGGAACUUUUCCUGCCAUUAUGGGUUUCAUCCUUACCAGAAAGGCUGUCAAACUGGCCCAUCUCAGCACGGAAGAGAGGAAAAAGAAGAUCUGUGAGGCAUAUGCCAAGGCACUGGGGAUGAAAGAGGCUUUACAACCUGUGCAUUAUGAAGAGAAGAACUGGACCAUGGAGCAAUAUUCAGGGGGGUGCUACACAGCCUACUUCCCACCAGGCAUAAUGCAUUCCUAUGGCAGGAUCAUUCGCCAGCCUGUUGACAGAAUCUACUUUGCUGGCACGGAGACAGCAAGCCAGUGGAGCGGAUACAUGGAGGGGGCCGUGCAGGCGGGAGAGAGAGCAGCCAGAGAGGUACUGCACAGUAUGGGGAAGAUCUCCAAGAGUGAAAUUUGGAUGCCAGAGCCAGAGUCAAAGGAUGUCCCAGCCCGACCAUUCACCACCACCUUCUGGGAAAGGAACCUGCCCUCAGCACCGGGGCUGCUGUGCCUGCUGAGCUGCACCCUGUGUCUCACCUCUGUGGCUGCUGCAGGGCUCUUCGUCUGUAAAAAGGGACUUGUCGCUCGAAACUAGCAGGGACCACGUGCCCAGUGGAAGCUGCACACCCCCUCUCCUCCUCUUUUACCAGAUGAGUGUUAUUUUGGAGAAAAGUGGCAUGGACAUCUGGAAAGAGCAAAAGUUAUUCUCCUUGUGAUUUUUCUUUUUAGUCCCAUAAUUAAUGCAUCGAAUCCACUGCAGUUGCUACCAGGAAUAAAUCAACUGUGGGGGAGUUUUUCAAA